CCAGAGGUGCCACUUCUCGUUGGGCUGUCCCAGCUCACACACUUGCAGUGGUUUUGCAGUUCUGCACCCAUUUCUGGACAGUUUCACAACCCUCAGUGACCCCCCCAUGGCUGUGGAGCAGCUGGGAAGGGGGCAUCAACGGGGAAACCCCAUUUUUCCCAUGGAGCCCCCCUGCCUCCUCGCACCUCCGCUCAUCCCGGAGCGAUUCGGGACGGGCUGUUCCCUUCCCGGGAGCGCACCGCCGGAUCCGGCCCCCCCCUCGGUGCGUGGGUCACAGCUGGACGAGCAGCUGGGGACAGCCAGGACCUGGCCAGCACGGCGCUGGGGGCGGCACGGGGCCGUGCACCUCGGGGGCGUCGGGGGCCAACACGUGCCUGGCUCGGGCUGGCCCCGUGGCUGCAGUCCCCUUGGGGGUGCGCUCACGUGCUGCGCCGUGGCUCUGCCGCGCACCCCCCGUGCUGGCCACGGAUGUUGCUCUUUGGCUUCCUUGCUGGCUGGGUGUCCCCCUGUCCACCCUGAGAUUCAUUUUUGGGCUGUUCUCCUCCCUUCCCACUGCUGUGGGGUGAUGGGGAGCGGCUCAGCGGGGAGCCCGGGUGCGGAUGCCCCAGCCCAGCCCGCGGGGACCCUUUGGUGCUGCUCACCAGGAGCACCAAACCCAUGGCCGUGAGCCACCAAGAGGUGCCCAAACCCUGCCCCAGGGGUCCCGCGAGGGGCAGGCAGCAGCCCCCGGGGGUGGGCACGGCACCGGGGGGGAGCUGGGCUGCGCACGAGAGCCUCUAAAUAAGGGUCUGCGUCCCCACAUCCUGCCGCCGAGCAUCGCUUCCUCCUUCCCAGGCACGGGCCAGCUCCGUGCCAAGGCAACGUCUGCUCUGUUGUGCCACAGGCUGAGCGAGGUUUUGCUCGUUCUCCCGUCCGCAAGACGUGCGUGUCCUCCUCGGGAUGAGAAAGCUCAGCAAUAUCCACGGCCCCGGCGGCUCGCGGUGAAGUGACACAAGCCCAGGGCUGCUGGCACGAUCCUGACGGGGCUGUAGCAGGGGAGAUGUAAUCCAGCCUCUGCGUGAGCAAAACCCCGGGGAUUUGGCGAGCUGGGAGCUUCAGCCUCAUCCACCCGAGGGUGAGUGGAUUUUGUCUGACCCGAGCCGUGACUUUGCAGCUCCGAACCGAGGCCGUGCAGCAGGAACCACCCCGAGAGCCCGGCGCUGCCCGGGGGGUGAUUUUGGGGUGAUUUAUUACUGAUAAUGGCGCUCUCCAACCUGUCCGAUUACUCCGACGACCUUGAUAACUACAACGACUACCUGGAGGAUUACACCUACGAGGAGACGAGCAGCGCGUGGAGCAGCCCGUCCCACGACCCCAAGGACAUCGCCAGGAUCCUCUCCGUCGUCAUCUACAGCGUGUCCUGCGUGCUGGGCAUCCUGGGGAAUGGCCUGGUCAUCGCCAUCAUAACCCUGAAGAUGAAGAGGUCGGUCAACGCCGUCUGGUUCCUCAACCUGGCCGUCGCCGACUUCCUCUUCAACAUCUUCCUGCCCAUAAACAUCGCCUACACGGCCAUGCGCUACAACUGGAUCUUCGGGACGGUCAUGUGCAAGCUCAACUCCUUCCUCCUCAUCCUCAACAUGUACACCAGCGUCCUCCUGCUCACCACCAUCAGCUUCGACCGCUACGUCUCGGUGGUUUUUCCCGUCUGGUCCCAAAACCAUCGAUCCACCAACCUGGCCUAUUUGGUCUGCCUCAUCAUCUGGACCGUCGGCAUCGUUAUGAGCUGCCCGUCUCUGAUUUUCCGAGACACGGCGCAGGCCCGCAACUCCGUGAUUUGUUUUAGCAACUUUUCCCUGUCCAGGAACAAGUCUUACCAAGCCCUGGCCCUGAUGAGGCACCGGACGGUGAACAUCACCAGGUUCCUGGCGGGUUACAUCCUCCCCAUCACCAUCAUCACCUUCUGCUACGUCGCCAUCGUCUUCAACCUGCGGCGAAACCGCCUGGCCAAGUCCAAAAAGCCCUUCAAGAUCAUCGUCACCAUCAUCGUCACCUUCUUCCUCUGCUGGAGCCCCUACCACCUGCUGAACCUCCUGGAGACGGAGCCCGACGUGGUCUCGCGCUCCGUGUUCGAGAUCGGGAUCCCCAUCACCACGGCGCUGGCGGCCUCCAACAGCUGCAUGAACCCCGUCCUCUACGUCUUCAUGGGCCAGGACUUCAAGAAGUUCAAGGUCACCCUCCUUUCCAGGCUGGUGAACGCCCUCAGCGAGGAGACGGGCCACUCCAGCAUCGUCCACAGGAGCUUCUCCAAGAUGUCUUCGAUGACCGAGAAGGAGACGACGGUCCUCUAAGGGUGCUGGCGGGAGGGCCGCGGUCCUCCGGCCUUGCCCCGAGCUGUCCCAGUUAUUUAAGAAAACGUUGCGGGAUGUUUUUAUCCAUAAUGUCACCGUGUGGCCUGUGUUCCUGGCCAGGGCACCCCUCCGUUUAUCAGAGACAGACCGGAGGCCACGGGUGAUGUUUGGGCCCUGAGAUGCUGAGGACUGAGCUAUGGGUGCUCUGUGAGGAGCCCACAGGCUCGUGACAAAGGGAAAAAUAAGCAAAAAUGGGGAAAACAGCUGAAUUCUUUGGCAGGUGACAUGUCCAAGGACUGCCUGGCUGUCUGGAUGGGUGGUUCGGUGGGCACCGCUGCGGGCAACCUUGGUGGCACUCUCCCCCUGCCCCAUGUAUGCGUAUAACUAAUUAUUUUUUAACAUUUUGUGGUGUAUUGGUACUAGCACAACUUGUUUUGAACUGUGACGUGAGCACUCUGCACCCGGCAGAGGCACCAGAAUAAACACGGUGCCCACCGAGCGUUGUGGGACUCCUGCACGGAGGUUUUGGAGCCAGGCAACCCGCACGGCUUUUUGGCCAGGAGCCACCCGCCAGGGUGGGGGCUUGUGCCCAGGGUCACCAAAUGGGAGAAAAUAAGGAGAAAAGGUUAAUUUGAAGUUUUCUUGGAAAAAAAAAGCCCCUUUUCUUCAGAGCCGGGUGCCUUUUGGAUGCUGGGUCUGUGAGUCCUGGUGGGUCCUUGCAGAGUGCCCCGGUGAAGGGUGGCCGAGCAGCAUCUCAAUCCAAUUUCAUGCACGGUUAAUUUGGGAGAUAAUUCACGGGCUGGGCUUCUUGACGGUGACAAACGGGUGACACCGGUGUCGCUCUUAUUUAUGGCUUGAUUUCUCCAUGUCACCCCCAGAGCCUGUAACUCCUGGGAGGACGAGGAAGGAUCAUGCAGGUGACAGGGGGGAGAUGACUUUGGGGACAUUUUGGGUGCCCCUGGGGGGUCCCAACCCUCGUGGUGCCCCCAGGAUCUUCCCCACGCAUCACCCACUGUGGCCAUUGCAGGUCUGCUCACAGGUGCACACAAAGGCUGGGGAAUUCUUUUUUUUCCUUAAAAAUUGAAAGGAAAAAGUCCAAACCAGGAGCAGAAAAAAAAAAAAACAAUUGGUGAAGCCCAAGCACGGAGCCGCGGGGAUGCUGUGGGUGCUCGCAGAGGCAGCCAAUUUUUGGGUUAUGGGGGUGAAAACCUCACGCAGUGAGAGCAGGAGGUGUUGUGGCUGGAUUCUGCGAGCCCAUCCCAUCUGUUAUUCCAGCAAAUACCUCCCCAAAAAAGCGGCGACUCGGUACGUAACCUUGGGUUAAACCAUCAUUACCAUGACAGCUUUGGAAACCUAAUAUUUGAGCUCGCCUCCCUGGUUGUUUGCCUACUUAAUACGAAACCUGCUUUCCAUACAAAUCCCCCCAACGUGUGCCGAAGCUCUGCACACGAAGGGAAAGGAGCCCAAAAAUUUUCGGGUGCUUCCUAGCGUGUAAUCCUGCCUGGCUGCAGAACCUCAGCAGCAGAACCGCUCUGUGCAGGCACUUCCAAACCCCGAUUUUUUUUUUUCCCCUUUUGUCAGAGUUGCAAAGAAAUGCACCUAAAUAUUGCCUAAAUAUUGCAGAUCAAGGUUUUAGGGUAGUGCAGGGCUAGCUGGGAGAGAAGAGCGUCAGGUCUGGGGGCUGGGACCCCCAGCUCCAUUCCCAGACCCCUUUACCCCUCCCCAGGACCCCAUCCCCACCCCAGGACCCCAUCCCCACCCCAGGACCCCAUCCCCACCCCAAGACCCCGUUCUCCACCCGCAAGCCAUCCUAGCAUCUCCCCACCCAUGGGUGUCCCAUGCUCUGUAGGGCCCAGCACCCCCAGCCUGGUACCACCACCCCCAGCACCCUCCCGGUGUGCCAAACCCACCGCUCCCCUCCCCAAAUUCCUGCCUCUUGCCAGCGCCCCGUACCUGCGGGGCUGGGGCUCAUUUCGCACGAGCGUUUGGGAAAUGACUCCAGAAUACACCGAAAUCAUUUCUGCGGAACACAUUACCGUCCUUAAUGACCGUUCUUUUUCAAUUAGCUGUCACAGCCCUGAAAUAAAGCGGUGCUUUACUCCUCCGAUAAAUCACACCCUUUAUUUGGGAUUGGAUUUAAGGAAAAAAAAAAAAAAAAGAGAGAGAGAAUAAACACGCUAUCAUUUCCCUUCCCUCAGUGCCAGGCGGGCUGGAGCCAUGUUUAAAUUAUCUCCGCUGCAUUCAGGCAGAUUGUCAACUGUAAAUUUUACAGAAAAUAGUAAAAACGAUAAAUAAACACGCUUCUUUUGUAGCGGAUGAAUAUUACGGCUGCUCGGAUUUAUAACCCUCAUCUCCCAUACAUUUUAUGGCUUUUGUAAAAGUGCUGUCGCAGCUUCUGUAUUAUGCUGCUAAGGUGUUGUUUUUUUCUUUUUUCUUUUCUUUUUUUUUUUUCCCUCUCAUUUAAACAGCUUCGUGUUCAUCUGGGAGGAAGAGGAGCCCAUGCUUGGGGCCCCCAGUUCAUCACCAGGAGAUGUCACUGGUGUGGCUGGGAAUUGAGCUGCUCCCCAUCCCCAUCCUCAUCCUCAUCACACCCCCGUCCCCAUCUCGUCCCCAUCUCAUCCCCAUCCCCUCCCACCGCCCCCAGGCAGCCUGCUGAGCGCCGAACCCACGCAGAAUUGGGGGAAAUGCGGGCGGUUUUGGUGCAGACGCCGUUGCCGGGGCAACUGCUGAGUAACCCAUCCAGCCCAGCUGGCGCGGCGCAGGGGAUGCAGAGCAUGGGGGGUGAUGGAGCCUGAAGAUAUCACAAAAAAAAAA